AUGGCCGCCUCCAUUGAAGAGCUGGACGUCCUCGUCCGCUCCUUCUACGAGGGGCGCGGUGAGCAGCAAAAAGCCGCCCAAGCUGCUCUCAACCAGUUCAAAGAAGACCCCGAUGCGUGGCUCAUGGUCGACAAGAUCCUCUCGGAUGCGCAGUACCCUCAAACCAAAUACUUGGGUCUGCAGGUUCUCGACAAUGUGAUCUUGACAAGAUGGAAGGUCCUCCCUCGGGAGCAGUGCCAAGGAAUCCGAAACUUCAUCGUCCAGUUCAUUAUCCAGUGCUCGAGCACCGAAGAGUCGCUGCGCCAGCAAAAGACCCUGCUCAACAAGCUUAACCUCGUCCUCGUUUCCGUACUCAAGCAGGAGUGGCCUCACAACUGGCCUACCUUUAUCAACGAAAUCAUCUCGUCCUGCCACUCCAAUCUAUCCAUCUGCGAGAACAACAUGAUCAUCCUUCGCUUGCUCUCGGAGGAAGUUUUCGACUACUCAGCCGAGCAGAUGACAUCGACCAAGACACGCAACCUCAAGCAGACCAUGUGCGCCGAGUUCUCGCAAAUCUUCAACCUCUGCCAGGAGGUCCUCAACACGGCCACACAGCCUAGUCUGAUCAAGGCGACCCUCGAGACGCUUCUGCGAUUCUGCAACUGGAUCCCCUUGGGAUACAUCUUCGAGACACCGCUUAUCGAGACACUUCGAACCCGUUUCCUCUCGACCCCCGAGUUCCGCAACGUCACCAUGCAGUGCCUUACUGAGAUUGGUGGUCUUCAGACUGGCGGCCCCGGCCAGCCCAACUCUUACGACGAGCAGCUUGUGAAGAUGUUCACCGAGACCUUGACUACCAUUGCUAACAUCAUUCCCGUUUCUCUUGAUCUCAAGAGCACAUAUCCAAGCAGCAACUCGAGGGAUCAGGAGUUCAUACAAAACCUGGCUCUCUUCCUCUGCAAUUUCUUCGGAAUGCACUUGAAUCUUAUCGAGAAACUUCCCAACCGCGAUUUCCUCAUCCACGGUCACUACUAUCUUAUUAGGAUAUCGCAGAUCGAUGAUCGAGAAAUUUUCAAGAUUACCCUCGACUAUUGGCUCAAGCUUGUCCAGGAGCUUUACGAGGAGAUGCAACAGCUCCCCAUGACCGACCUAAACCCUCUCAUGGCAGUUGGCGCAGGAAUCUCUGGAAGCGGCGCCCCGAACCCUACGAUGCUCAACAACUAUCCUCUUCGAAAGCACAAAUACAACGAGGUCCUCUCGAACCUUCGAGUCGUUAUGAUUGAGAAGAUGGUCCGUCCCGAGGAAGUCUUGAUUGUUGAGAACGACGAGGGCGAAAUUGUCCGAGAAUUCGUCAAGGAGAGUGACACAGUACAACUUUACAAGACGAUUCGAGAGUGCCUGGUAUACCUGACACAUUUGGACGUGGUCGACACAGAAAACAUCAUGACCGAGAAGCUCGCUCGGCAAGUCGACGGAAGCGAGUGGUCCUGGCAUAACUGCAACGUUCUUUGCUGGGCCAUCGGCUCGAUCUCUUUGGCGAUGAACGAGGAGACAGAGAAGAGGUUCCUUGUUACUGUCAUUAAGGACCUUCUCGGUCUCACUGAGAUGAAGCGUGGCAAGGACAACAAGGCCGUUGUCGCCAGUAACAUUAUGUACAUUGUUGGACAGUACCCUCGCUUCCUCAAGGCUCAUUGGAAGUUCCUGAAGACAGUCGUUAAUAAGCUGUUCGAGUUCAUGCACGAGUCACAUGAGGGUGUCCAGGACAUGGCUUGCGAUACGUUCAUUAAGAUCGCCCGUCAGUGUCGACGUCACUUUGUAGCUCUGCAACCUAGCGAGCAGGAGCCUUUCAUCGAGGAGAUUGUUCGAAACAUGGGUAAGAUCACAUGCGACUUGACGCCUCAACAAGUGCACACCUUCUACGAAGCCUGUGGCUACAUGGUCGCCGCUCAGGGCAACAAGCAUCAGCAGGAGAGACUCCUUGCCGACCUGAUGGCUAUCCCCAACGCAGCCUGGGACGAGAUCAUCAAGCAGGCAACAGUCAACCCAACUAUCCUCCAGGAUGCCGAGACUAUCAAGGUUAUUGGAAACAUCAUGAAGACGAAUGUGUCUGCUUGCUCAUCUGUGGGGUCCUAUUUCUAUCCCCAGAUCGGCCGCAUCUACCAUGACAUGCUUCAGAUGUACAACGCCACAAGUACACUGAUCUCUGAGGCUGUGGCUCGCGAUGGUGAACUCGCUACCAAGAUGCCCAAGGUCCGAGGUCUCCGAACCAUUAAGAAGGAGAUCCUUAAGCUUAUUGAGGUUUACGUCGAUAAAGCAGAGGAUCUUCAGGCUGUCCGUGCCCAGAUGGUUCCUCCUCUGCUGGAAUCUGUUCUUGUCGAUUACAACCGCAACGUCCCUGGCGCUCGAGAUGCCGAGGUGCUCAAGGCUUGCUCUACUAUUAUCACCAAGCUUUCUGCUUUGAUGGAGGACCAGGUUCCUACUAUCAUGCAGAACGUUUUCGAGUGCACUCUGGAGAUGAUCAACAAGGACUUCUCCGAGUUCCCCGAGCACCGAGUCGAGUUCUUCAACCUCCUCCGAGCCAUCAACUUGCACUGCUUCCCUGCCCUGCUCAAGCUCGACAACAACCAAUUCAAGUUUGUUAUCGACUCAUGCUCAUGGGCUUUCAAGCACGACAACCGAGAUGUCGAGGCAGCUGGUCUUAACAUGGCUCUGGAGCUGAUUAACAACAUUGCCGAGAAGACUGAUGUGCAGACCGCCAACGCUUUCUUCCAGCGAUUCUUCAUCACCAUCCUCCAGGACGUGUUCUUUGUUGUGACGGAUAACGACCACAAGGCCGGUUUCAAGACACAAUCCAUGUUGUUGAUGAAGCUCUUUUACUAUAUCAACCCAGCCGAUGGAUCUCAGCCCAAGAUCCAGGGUCCUAUCUACAGCCCCGAUCAGGCUGCAGCUGGAACUGACAACCGAGAGUUUGUCGCCAACUUCGUAGCUAACCUCCUACAAAACGCCUUCCGCAACCUGCAAGCGAACCAAAUCACAAGCUUCGUCGAAGGCCUGUUCACGCUUAACACGCAGUACGACAAGUUCCGACUCAACCUCCGUGAUUUCCUUGUCUCCCUCAAGGAGUUUGCUGGCGACAACGCUGAGCUCUUCAUUGUCGAAAAGGAACAACAGGAGCAGGACGCCAAGACUGCUGAUAUGGAACGACGACAGAAGGUUGGCGGUCUUCUCAAGCCCUCUGAGCUGGAAGAUGAGGAGCUAUGA